UCAGUUGUCAACAAGAAUCAAGUUGAUCAAUAAUUUCUUAUUUACAAAUACAAAAUCACAACAUUAUAUUUAAAGAUUUUUAAUGUGAAAAGCAGAUUUGUAUCACAGAUCUGAUAAAUAUGGGCGACAUAUGGAAUUUGAGCGCCAUUUGUCGCUGUUGCCACUCUGACGGGCAGCUGAAAAGUUUGAAGCGCCCCUACGUCGUCAACAACGAUGUGGAAAUUUACUCCAGUAUGUUACGGGAUACCUUUGGGAUUAUUAUUGAUCCACCGUCCAGGGACAUCAGUUACAGCGUAUGCGAAGAAUGCGUACAGGAAUUAAGGAGAGCGGCCCAAUUUAAAAAGCAGGUCAUCAUAUGUGAGGCUAAGUUUGAAGAGUAUUGCAAGAAUGAAGAGUCUCAGAUGGCCCCUGGAGAAAUAAAACUUGAAUUGGAAUCAGAUGAUGGCUCCAAUGAAAAUGAUAUUUUCUUUGAAGUUAAAGAUGAGAAUAGAGAUUGUGUUAAGGAGGAAAAAGCAGAAAUCAAGACGGAAGGUGAAGUUCCAGAUGGGAACAAAAUGGAGAUAACCAUAGACACGACUAAUCCAAAGCGUAAGAGGAAUUCUGGUAGCAAAAAAGAUACACAAUUGCUUGAAGAAUCCCAAACGAAAUUAUUAGUUAAAUUAGAAAAUGGCGUUUACUCUUGCGAAAUAUGCGGCCGUUGUUAUAAGCUUAAGAGAUCACUUAAAAAGCACAUAUCUUCAAAACACUGUGUCGAGUCACAAUACACGUGUAAAAUAUGCCGUUUAGAGUUUGAAAACAAAAAAGAAAUGGACUCGCAUCGAACGGCUGUGCACAAAUCGAAAUACCCUUGUUCUUAUUGCAACAAGAUAUUCCAGCAGAAAUAUAAUUUACACAUACAUUUGAAGCGACACACGAAACAGUCGCUUUUCGAGUGUGAUUAUUGCAAUAAAAAGUUUAUGCACAAAAAAUCAUUGUUGCAUCACAUCAACGCUUUGCAUUUGGGCGUUCCGAUUCACAAGAAGAUGUGUGAAAUAUGCGGACGCGGUUUCAACGACAUAACUAACUUGAGGAAUCACGCGCAGACGGUUCACGAGAAACUCAAGCCGUUUAAAUGUCAGUAUUGUCCGAAAAAUUUCACUGCUAAAAAGCAUUUGCUGAUACACGAACGGGUUCACACCGGCGAACGGCCGUACAGCUGUGACGAGUGCGAACAGGCCUUUACAUGUCUCCAAUAUUUGAAACAGCACAAGGCGCGUGCGCAUUGCGACGAGCCGUAUUUGUACUCUUGCAAAUUGUGCGACGCCAAAUUUGUGACGCGUAGGGAACUGUGUAAACAUUCUCGUUGUCAUUCCGGUUCGAAACCUUUGCUAUGUCAUUUGUGCAAUAAAGAUUUCGCGUGCAAAUAUUCGUUGAAAAGACACGUAAUGGAGCACAGCGGUGAGAAAAAACACGAAUGCGAUGUUUGUUUUCAGAAAUUUGUGCAGAAAAUGACUAUGCUUAGGCAUAAGAAACGGUUGCAUAGUGGGAAGGUGGUUGUGAAGAAGCCGUGUCAUUUGUGCAAGAGGAAAGUCAUUGAUCUCGAAAAACAUUUGGACAAACACAAUAAUAAGCCUUUUGAGUGUAAUUAUUGCAGUAAGAGGUAUCCGUUGAAGAAUGCUUUGAACAGGCACGUGGCGAAUGUACAUUUCGGCAGAAAAGCGCAUGCUUGUGACUUGUGCGAUCAGAAAUAUGUACAUCAGAGUACUUUAGUGAAACAUAAACUGAAAGUGCACAAAAUAGAGUCGAAAAUCGAAAAAGGGGAAAUUGUAGAGGAUUGUGUGACUUAUUUGAAUGAAAAUAAAGUUGUGGAUGUAAAAUUGAAUGUGACUGACCGUUAAAGACGGUAAAGCACUAUAAUAGUUAAACUUAUAUAUGGAAAUAAACUAGGGAUGAUCUUGGGAUGAAGUAAAACUGCACUUUGGUUUAAUUUUAAAUAACCACUGUAAUAAACCGCUGAACUUAUUAAUACAAUGGUUUUACGAGUAAAACAAUUUGUUAUGUACUAGAUUUUACAUUGUAAAAAAGAAUCAAAUGAACAUUUAAAAAUUUUCUUUUUCUUUUUUUUUUGUAACUGGCCAGUUAUGACACAACAUUCUGAACAAAACAGAAAAGAGGUUGCACAGUACAAAU